AUAUGCCCUUGUGUAUAUAUAGACAAAUCUCCUCAACCAAAAAGGACAUGAAAAGUUGUAUCAAGCAAAAAUACCAUUGGGGUUUCGUCUAUCCCCUGUCAUAAAGUUCUUUCUUGAUAUGGAUCGAGAAGAGGACAGAGAGAAGGGUUUGAAUGGGACAGAGAGAGGAUCAGAUGGUCAUAACAACAAUGGCAGAGUUUGGUCUGAAUUAGUGAUGAGAUUGCUGGCUUCUGUUCUUACUUUGGCGACUGCAGUGAUCCUUGGUGUUAGCAAAGAGACAAAGAUCGUGCCUCUGAAGAUUCUCCCCACUUUGCCUCCUGUUCAUGUCUCUUACACUGCUAAAUCCACUUACCAGUCUGCCUUUGUGUACAACAUUACAGCAAACGCAAUCGCGUGCGGCUAUGCAGCGGUCACAACGUGGAUUCUGACGGUCACGAGAGGCAAGAAGAAAGGCAAGGCCGUGGCGGUGGCAUUGCUAAUGGGAGAUCUCGUGACGGUGGCUCUGCUCUUUUCCGGCACCGGAGCCGCGGGAGCAAUCGGGCUGAUGGGUUUUCAAGGGAACAAACAUGUGAUGUGGAACAAAGUCUGCAAUGUCUUCCAUGGGUUCUGUCGCACUGUGGCUGCUUCCCUUUUUGUCUCCCUUCUUGCCUCUGUCGCGUUUCUGAUUCUUGUCGUGUUUGAUGCUAUUAGGUUUAUGUGAUUUGCCAAAAUAAAUAACUCUGCUCGUUAGCUA